AUGUUCAACCUUACUACACAUCAGAGAAUCCAUACUGGACAGAAACCAUAUAAAUGUGAUAUAUGUGGCAAAGGUUUCAGGCAAAUUGGAAACCUAGCAAGUCAUCAUAUAAUUCAUACUGGAGAGAAACCUUACAGAUGUAACGAGUGUGGCAAAACCUUUAAUAGGAUGUUCCACCUUACUAGACAUCAGAGAAUCCAUACUGGACAGAAACCAUAUAAAUGUGAUACAUGUGGCAAAGGUUUCAGGCAAAUUGCAAACCUAGCAAGUCAUCACAGAAUUCAUACUGGAGAGAAACCUUACAAGUGUAGUGAUUGUGGCAAGACCUUUAAUUACAGGUCCCACCUUACAAGACAUCAGAGAAUCCAUACUGGACAGAAACCGUAUAAAUGUGAUAUAUGUGGCAAAGAUUUCAGUCAGAAUUCAUACCUUGAAAAUCAUCAGAGAAUUCACACUAGAGAGAAAUCUUACAGAUGUAAUGAAUGUGGCAAGACCUUUAAUAAGAUGAUCAACCUUACUACACAUCAGAGAAUCCAUACUGCACAGAAAACAUAUAAAUGUGAUAUAUGUGGCAAAGGGCAAGGCUUUUUUUUCAGAGUUCAAAUUGUAAAACAUCACAGGAUUCAUUCUGGAGAGAAACAAAACAAAUGUAAUGAAUGUGGUAAGGCAUUUAUUCAAAAUUCAAGUCUGGUGGACCAUCAGAGAACUCACACUGGAGAGAAACCUUACAAAUGUAAUGAGUGUGGUAAAACCUUUAUUGGGCAUUCAAGCCUAACUAACCAUCAGGUAAUUCAUACUGGAGAGAAACCUUACAAAUGUAAUGAGUGUGGAAAGGCUUAUAUGAAGUGGUCCCACCUUAGACACCAUGAGAGUAUUCAUACUGGAGAGAAGCCAUACAAGUGUACCAAAUGCGGCAAGGCCUUUAGACAACGGGCGGACAUCAGGAUUCACCAAAAAAUCUAUGCUGGAGAGAAACCUUACAAGUAUGAUGAGUAUGGAAAAGCCUUUACCCAGGCCUCUCACCUCACUAUACAUCAGAUCAUCCAUACUGGAAAGAAACCAUAUGAAUAUGAUACAUAUAUGGCAAAGUCUUCAGUCAAAAUUCACAUUUCGAAAGUUAUCGUAGGAUUUGUACUGGAGAGAAGCCUUACAAAUGUGUGUGGCAAGGUCUUCAGUCAAAAUUCACACCUUGUAACUCGUCUGAGAAUUCACACUGGAGAGAAAUCCUACAGAUGUCAUGAGUGUGGCAAAGCCUUUACUCGAGGCUCACGCUUCAUUAAUCAGCAGAUAGUUCAUACUGGAGAGAACUUUCCAAAUGUACUGAAUGUAGCAAGGCUUUUAAGCAGGGCCCUAAACUCAGGACUCACCAAAUAGAUCAUAAUUGUAAAUGCAAUGAAUGUAGCAGUGUUUUCAAGUAGUGCUCACUACUUGUUAGAUAACAGUAUCUAAUAUAUCUUGGGGCAAAGGCACACAAAUGUAAUGUGUGUGACAAGGAUUUUAUCUGAGGAUCAGAAGUUGGGGAACAGAAUAAUUCAUACUGGGGAGAAACCUUAGAAAUCCAAUGAGCAUGGGAAAAACUUUACCAUGAGUUCAAGUACUACGUGACAUCAGAGAAUUCAUAUUGAAGAGAAACCAUGUAAAUAUAAGGUAUGUGGCAGAUGCUCUAUUCAGGCUUCACAGUGCACUGGACAUCAGAGUAUACAUCUUUUGCCAGGCACGGUGGCUCACACCUGUAAUCCCAGCACUUUUGGGAGGCUGAGGUGGGAGGAUCACCUGAGGUCAGGAGUUUGAAACCAUCCUGGCCAACAUGGCGAAACCCUGUCUUUAUUAAAAAUACAAAAAUUAGCUGGGCAUGGUGGUAGGUGCCUGUAAUCCCAGCUACUCAGGAGGCUGAGGCACGAGAAUUGCUUGAACCCAGGAGGCGGAGGUUGCAGUGAGCUGAGAUUGCACCACUGCACGCCAGCCUGGGCGACAGAACAAGACUCCAUCUCAAAAAACAAAACAAAACACAAAAACAGAGUAUACAUCUUUUAGAGAAAUCAUAAAAAAGUUACAUGCAUGCUAAGGCUUUUUUUUUUUUUUUUUUUUUUUUUUUUUGAGACAGAGUCUCACGCUAUUGCCCAGGCUGGAGUGCAGUGGCCUGAUCUCGGCUCACCACAACCUCUGCCUCCUGGAUUCCAGCAAUUCUACAUCAGCCUCCCAAGUAACUGGGACUACAGGUGCACGCCACCACACCCAGUUAAUUUUUGUAUUUUUUAGUAGAUAAUGGGGUUUCACCAUAUUGGCCAGGCUGGUCUUGAACUCCUGAUCUCGUGAUCCACCUGCCUAGGCCUCCCAAAGUGCUGGGAUUACAGGCGUGAGCCCUUGCGCUCGGCUCAUGCUAAGUCUUUUACCCAGUGGUCAAAACUGGCACAUCACAGGAUUUAUACUGGAGAGCAACCUCACAAAUGUAAUGAAAGUGGUAAGGCUUUUUAUCAAAUGUGCUUGUCUUUGGGGUCAUGAGAAAAUUCAUACAGAAUCUAUUAAAAAUGUACGAAACAUGGAAAGACCUUUAAGCAACAGUGAUGUAAUGAAGGUGGUAGUUUUUUAAACGAACUCCCACAACAGCCUACACACCAUAGAAUUCAUACCAGGAAUCACAAAGUCUCUAAUUUUCCAAAGUUAACUGGAAAUAUUACAAACUGCAGAAUAAUUCCAGGCCAAAAUAUGUUAAAUUCAUAACAUGAUGUAUAUCAAGGGAAAAAAGGACAUGUGGAAAAUGACACAUUAUCUUCAGUGUAUAAAAUAUUCGUUUAUGUGAAGUUUCUUGGAAAGGUUACACUACUAUUCCUGGUUUCCGUCUUGAUGUUUGAGAUCUGUUGAUUUUAUGCUUUUUUUACAGGCCUUUCAUUAUGAUCUUUGGGAAGGAAUCAAUAAAAUGAUAGGGCCUACUUCAUUAGGUGUGGUUCAUUCCUAUUCAUGCUCCCUGGAAGAACAAGAAGGCUGAAUUUUGAAAUUUAAUAUUGUAUGAAUUAGCGUCAGGGAGAGGUGGAGAAUAAUACAAAACUAAAAGUCAUGCUUAUUGUGCUCAGUGUGCCCUUCUCCAGAGGGCCGCUGGCUUAUAGGAAAGGAUUGCUGCUCUACCAGUUGACCAUGAGAUGGCAUGCCAGGACACUAAGACACUGGAGUUUUUGUUUGUUUGUUUGUUUUUGAGAUGGAGUCUUGCUGUCUUGCCAGGCUGGAGUACAGUGGUGCAAUCUCGGCUCACUGCAACCACCACCUCCCAGGUUCAAGUGAUUCUCCUGCCUCAGCCUCCUGAGUAGCUGGGACUACAGGUGUGUGCCACUACCCCCAGCUAUCUUUUACAUUUUUAGUAGAGACAGAGUUUCACCAUGUUGGCCAGGAUGUUCUCAAUCUCUUGACCUCGUGAUCCACCCGCCUCGGCCUCCCAAAGUGUUGGGAUUACAGGCGUGAACCACUGUGCCUGGCUGACACUGGGCUUUUUAUGAGAGUGAUAGAUUACUAGGACCUCAUUAUGUGGUAGAAGUAAUGUAGGGGAAAUGGCGAUCAUCUUUUUAAAAAAGCAAUAGCUGUUGUAUAUCAAUGACUAAUGAAAAAUGAGUUAUUCUUAUAAAUUGAAGAAAGAAUAGUUAUCAAAGAGGGUAGUUCAAGUAAAAGAACCAGGGCUGGGUGUGGUGGCUCAUGUUCUGUAACGCCUGCACUUUGGGAGGCCAAGGCAGACGGAUCUCUUGAGGCCAGGAGUUCGAGACCAGCCUGACCAACAUGGCAAAACCCCGUCUCUACAAAAAAUACAAAAAUUAGCCGGACAUCGUGGUGGAUGCCUGUAAUCUCAGAUAUUCGGGAGGCUGGGGGGAGAAUCGCUUGAACCUGGGAGACGGAGGUUGCAGUGAGCUGAGAUCGCACCACUGCCCACCAGCCUGGGCAACAGAGUGAGACUCUGCCUCAAAUAAAAACAAAACCAAACAAAACCUGAAUAGCAUGUGCACGUGUACAUAGACGUUUCACAACUGGCAUUAUGUUUUGCUACUGUUUUAUUCAGAAUGUAUCACAAGUUUUAUGCUUUAAUUAAUAAAAUUUAAUCAUAACUUUUAAUGAA